CUAGUUUUGGAAAGGGGAUCUGAUUAUACACCUGCCUUUCGCGGAAGUGCAACGUCUAGAUCCUUAUGGGUCUAGGGAGAAAUCAGGUCAGUGUGUGGCUUUAUUUCUGCAAGUUACUUUUGUCUCAGUGCAGGAUGAGGGCGGUCCGUGGAAACGGAGCAGCGUGGAUCCAUGGAGAUGGCAGGGGCGUUCGGCAGGUACCAUACUGUCCUGACUUCUCAGGAGCACAAGCAUCAUAUAAAGGAAGAGGAAUUUACAAGAUUUGGGUAUCUGCAUUCGAGCAGAAGACACCAAGACAGCAUCCAAGUGGUCAGCAACUUUCUGAAAAAAGAAGACAAUGAUCCAGGCCAAGGUGUUGCUGACACUGGAGGACGUGGCCGUGAGUUUCACCCGGGAGGAGUGGCAGCUCCUGGGCCCUGCUCAGAAGGACCUGUACCGGGACGUGAUGCUGGAGAACUACAGCAGCCUGGUGUCAGUGGGGUAUCAAGCCAGCAAGCCGGAUGCCCUCUCCAGGUUGCUGUGUGGAGAACCGUGGAUGGUGGAGGAUGAGCUCCACUGCCGAACCCCUUCCAACAUCGGGAAAACUGACGAUGACUUGCCAAGGUAUUUACAAAAUGAAAGCAAAGUGAAAAGGUUGGAGAAGUGGCACGAACAUAAUACAUAUGAAAAUGUUCAACAGAGCAAAACCCAUCUAUUGAGACAAAAUUGUGACAUAUUUAACAUAGAUGGAAAAAGUAUGAAAUCACAUUUAACUUUGGUUAACCAGAGCAAAAGCUAUGAAGUGAAGAAUCUUGCAGAGUUCCCUAGAAAUGAGAACUCCUUUGUCUCUGCUAACUGUGAGAAAUUUCAUACCAAAAUUCCAUUUCCUACAAGUCAAAAACUCAUCAGCAUUAAAUCUCAGUUCAGUAGCCCCAAGCAUAAGAAAAUUCAAAAAGCAGAGAAACGUCAUGUAUGCAGUGAGUGUGGGAAAGCCUUCAUCAAGAAGUCUUGGCUCACUGACCACCAGGUCAUCCAUACUGGAGAGAAGCCACAUCGAUGUAAUCUGUGUGGAAAAGCCUUCUCCCGAAAGUUCAUGCUCACUGAACACCACAGAACUCAUACAGGAGAAAAACCUUAUGAAUGCACAGAAUGUGGCAAAGCCUUUCUUAAGAAAUCACGGCUCAACAUACAUCAGAAAACCCAUACAGGAGAGAAACAAUAUAUAUGCAGUGAGUGUGGGAAGGGUUUCAUCCAGAAAGGAAAUCUCAUUGUACAUCAGCGAAUUCAUACAGGAGAGAAACCUUACAUAUGCAGUGAAUGUGGGAAAGGCUUUAUCCAGAAGACCUGCCUCAUAGCACAUCAGAGAUUUCAUACCGGGAAGACUCCCUUUGUGUGCAGUGAAUGUGGGAAAUCCUGUUCACAGAGGUCUGGUCUCAUUAAACAUCAAAGGAUUCACACAGGAGAGAAACCCUUUGAGUGCAGUGAUUGUGAGAAAGCCUUCACCACAAAGCAAAAACUCAUUGUUCAUCAAAGAACGCACACAGGGGAGAAACCCUAUGGCUGCAAUGACUGCGGGAAAGCUUUUGCAUACAUGUCUUGCCUGGUGAAGCACAAGAAAAUACACACAAGGGAAAAGCAGAGCGAUUCCAUGAAAAAACCCCCUGAGAGUGACAGCUCGUUAAGUACUGGUGGUGUCAUACAGGAGAUAAAUCCUGUUGGCACAGUGAUUACCCAAGUGCCUUCAGUGGCCUCACAGACUACAGUAAACAUCAGUGAGCUUCUAGCAGAUAGGAAUGUUGUCCUUGUGGGACCGCCAGUAGCCAGAUGUGUGCCUGCAGGCGACAGCAGAGAAUUUACACAGGAGAGAAACUUCAUGAAUGCAGUGAAUGUGGUUGUGCCUUCAGUCAUCAAUUAUGUCUUAUUUUAUGUCCCAGAAAACCCAUAGUAAAAUGCUGAGAUACUUUCUGUGUGGAAAAGCAUUGAGCAGAAAUCUCUAGUUCUUUUUAUGGCUGCAAAGUAUAUGCUAAGAGAAACUGUAUCCAUCCAGAGGCCAGGAAAGCCUGAUAAAUGCAUGCUGUCUGAAUGUUGCAUUGUUACACAGGCGAUGUUCACCCCCAAAUACAUACACCGGAAUUGCUAUCAUGUUAAGUGAGUCUGAGUUCUGAGUCUGAAGGAAGUCUGAGUUCAUUUAAAUGUAGGAAAUAAGUAUUCCAAGGUUAAAUUGGUAUCUGGAAUAUUGCUGUGAAUGAAAAACGACAUGAAAGAUGGUUGGCAAAAGAUGAUUGGCCUUGUAUCAUGUGGAACGUGGCUUUGUCAAUUUUGUUUUGGCAGUCCAGGGUAAGGAUUCAGAACGUGUGGUAAACUUAAACUUUACAUUAUGUAAAGGCACCUAUGAAAACUUUCCAUUGGGUCAGUUGUUCGUCUAACAGGUACUUGACAAGUGCUUUCUUUGUACCUAAUCCUGUUCAAGGAGCUUAGGUUAUAGUGGUGAACAAAAUGAAAAGUCCAGAUCUCUUGGAGAGAGCAUUGAGUUAGCUGGAUCAUGUUUAAGUGGUUCAUUACACUCCAGCCAGUCUGACUUGAGGAUGUAAACAUCUGUAUUCGGCGAAAUGAAUGUGAUUAACUAGUUCAAAGGGAUAUUUUUGUUGGCUUAUAUUGUUCAAGGAGCAUAUUAUUUUUGAGGGAUGAGGAAGAUUUGCUUACAGUUACAUUUAAGCACCUCACAGCACAAAGUUGCUAUUUUUUUUUAAUGCUCACAGCUUAAUUUUUUAAAGUUUUAUCUAAAAAGUGAGAAAUGCAAUUAUUAAGUUGCACUAGCCACAUCCCAGGUGCACAGUAGCUAUAUGUGAGCAGUGGUUACCAAAGUGGACAGCACACACAGCAACACUGAGUUAACAGGGCAUUUGUCAUGUCCAUUCAUGAGGUUUGAAGAGUGCUAGAUUGCAAGAUUUUAUAUUUCCAAACACACAGAAGAUCAAAUGCUAUUGAUUGGGAAAGUGAAUGUAUGAACGAAGGGGCUAAUCAGAAUGGGUUUCUUUUUUUUUUUUCAUUAUUGAAGGGGAAAUACUUCUAAAGAAUAGAACUCACCCAAACAUUUUGUGUGUGAUUAGACUUAAUGUAAAAGAGGCAGAGCAAGGGCUGGCAAUUUAGCUCAGCAGCAUAUGCACCUGCCUGGCAAGUGUGAAGGUUUAUAGGAUAAAAAUACAAAGGAGAAUAAGAUCGUUAGUGUUAAGAAUGGAGGAGCAUAUAACAGAGGGGAAGAUGCAUUCUUAUCUUUCAGACGUGCCCUUUCAGAUAUCCCAGCUCUUCUGUGAUCUAUUGAGUCACGAUGUAAUUUCUCCUCAUUCCUUCUCAUUGUCCCAGGAGUGGAGCCAUGAGCCUUCCUUUAUCCAGAUUUUUUUAAUUAGGUAUCAUAACGGUGUAUUUUCCAAAUUACAGGGCAUUCUGGUUACAGAGAAAUAAAUGGAAACUUUGCUAUUCUGUGACUGGCUCAGUUCAGUGAACACUGAGUCAUUGGAUAAUUUACUCUUUCAGAUAGAGCAAAACUAUAAAACAGUCAUUUUACACACUGGGGAUAUGUAGAUGAGAGCAGGCAAAGGAACAUCUCUCAUGAACCUUACUGUUUAGUGAGACUGAGACACAGUAAAAUAGGUUGUAUAAUACCAGGAAGUAUAUCUAAAUAGGUACUGGUGUGUAGGUAGGGAUGGUGCCCUUGUUCCCCUAGAGGUUUUCUAGAUAGAUGCAGUCAUCCGACUGUAACACCCAGCUGUGCUAAGCAGCUAUCAAUAUUCAUAAGCAUAGAACACCUCAGUAGGGUUUCUAAAGGUUGACUGGGCUUCUACCUCAAAGAUGCAAUAUUUCAAAGGAUGUAGAUUCCUGAGUCACACUCCAGCCUCCAAGGCCCAAACCUCUGGGACUGGAGGGUAGGACCACAUGGCCCUUUAGACUGAAUAGAAAGUUUGCCAUUUCAUGUUGACCCUGGAUAAGUUCAUGACUUUAAAGCAGUACAAGGGAAGGACAGAGCCUUCUCUUGUACAGGAAGGCUCUCCUUGUGCAGAGCCUUAUAGCAGGCUUUAAGGCUGCUUGAUUCGGUCACACCCUGAAGGGUUAGUGCCUAGGACCUGCCUGCAAAUAACAGAAACAGGAAUGAGUCCUGCCCUUAUGCUCAGUGAUUAUAGCCACAGGAAGAGAGCCCCCCACGUGGAGUACUGGAAGUGACACCAUUUUGGAAGUGGAAGUGGUAGCUGAUAGGGUCUCCAGAAGCUCAUAAUGUGAUGAGCCUGAUUCUGAGCACAGAUCUGGGUGAAGGUCCUUUAUGAGAGAUGUUUGGGAGUUUCUUUGGGUUCGGUCGUUGGACAAUUGUGGCUUUAGUUAUGGGCAGCUGGGCAGUCAGUGACUUCAAGGGUAUAAACAGAUAAAAGGCCAGAGGGACUCUCUUGGUUACUUCACUGUAAUUCACAAUAUGACCACAUAAAAUAAAGAAAAUCACACUAUUGUGUCAAUAAAUGAACAUAUUUGAUAACA